GGCUGCGGCGGGGCGGGGCCCGAGCCGACCAUGAGCUCCCCGCCGCCCGCCCGCAGGGGUUUCUACCGCCAGGAGGUGACCAAGACGGCCUGGGAGGUGCGCGCUGUGUACCAGGACCUGCAGCCCGUGGGCUCGGGCGCCUAUGGCGCGGUGUGCUCGGCCGUGGACAGCCGCACAGGCGCCAAGGUGGCCAUCAAGAAGCUGUACCGGCCCUUCCAGUCGGAGCUCUUCGCCAAGCGGGCCUACCGCGAGCUGCGCCUCCUCAAGCACAUGCGCCACGAGAACUUCCUCCUGCUGCCGAGAACUCGGCCCCCUCCCACACCAACCAUUCCUCCCUUGUCCCUCUCGGCCUGGUCCGAGGGCUGGUGGUCUGCCCACCCAGGCCCUGGCCCGCCGUGCUCCCACACAGAGGACCUGCCCCCCCGGGUCAUCGGAGCCGACAGCCUUCUCCUGUGCCCACCAGGAAACUCAUCUCCUCGGUUCCUCAGGGGCUAAGAGGGUGAUCGGGUUGCUGGACGUGUUCACUCCUGAUGAGUCCCUGGAUGAUUUCACAGACUUUUACCUGGUAAUGCCAUUCAUGGGCACCGACCUCGGCAAGCUCAUGAAGCAUGAGAAGCUGAGUGAGGACCGAGUCCAGUUCCUUGUCUACCAGAUGCUAAAAGGCCUGAAGUAUAUCCAUGCUGCUGGCAUCAUCCACAGGGACCUAAAGCCCGGCAACCUGGCGGUGAACGAGGACUGUGAGCUGAAGAUUCUGGACUUUGGCUUGGCCAGGCAGGCAGACAGCGAGAUGACUGGAUAUGUGGUGACCCGGUGGUACCGGGCACCUGAGGUCAUCUUGAAUUGGAUGCGCUACACACAGACUGUCUCCCCUUGCCCUGUGUGUGUCCCCACCCUCCUUGGCCCACAGACCCCUGAUGCAGGGGCUUCUGUCUCAGUGGACAUCUGGUCAGUGGGCUGCAUCAUGGCGGAGAUGAUCACAGGCAAGACGCUGUUUAAGGGCAAUGACCACUUGGACCAGCUGAAGGAGAUCCUGAAGGUGACGGGGACGCCGCCUGCUGAGUUUGUGCAGAAGCUGCAGAGCGCUGACGCGAAGAACUACAUGAAGGGCCUCCCUGAGUUAGAGAAGAAGGAUUUCACCUCCUUCCUGACCAACGCGAGCCCUCUGGCUGUGAACCUCCUGGAGAAGAUGCUGGUGCUGGACGCGGAGCGGCGGGCGACUGCGGCCGAGGCGCUGGCCCACCCUUACUUCGAGUCACUGCAGGACACAGAGGACGAGCCCGCGGCCCACAAGUAUGAUGAGUCCUGUGACGACGUGGACCGCACCCUGGAUGAGUGGAAGCGACCCCUCCCACCCGGACAACUAUGUUCCCCUCAUAUCCCACCGGUGUCACGUAUAAAGAGGUGCUCAACUUUAAGCCCCCCCAGCAGCUGGGGGCCAAGGCCUCCAAGGAGACGGCUCUGUGAAGACCCCUGGGCCCUGACGGGUGCCGGCGAGGAUGUCUUGGAGAUCCCAGCUGGGGUUCCGACCUGGAAGGGGAAUCCGGUUUAUUGCUGUGACCUUGGCUUGGGCUUGCACCCCAGGAGACUCCUCAUUACUUGGACUCCCUCCCCAAGCCUGUUCCCCUGCUCUCAGGCUGCACUGCAGCCUAGCUUUGGAGGCGCAUCUGAACUUUCUGGACAGGACAUCCACCUGGCCUGGGGCUAGCCUCUUGACCCCAUGAGCAGUGGCCCCUUCCCCAGGCUGCAACAAGAAGCCACAGCUGUGGUGGGGCAGGGCUAGGGGUCAAGGACUAGUGUCUGACCCUGCCUGCUCACCAGUGCUGAGAAGAAAGGACAGGGAGGGCGCAGAGCGCUGCCUCAGGGUUGUUGUUCUGGCGGCUGUUGGAGUGGACUCUUACUCUCCUGCACCCCCGGCCUGGAAAGUAAAUUGGCCAUGUGCUGUGCCCAUAUGGCUGGAAGGAAGCAGACCCUUUUGUAGA